CCUUGCCAAAAGUGGCAACCAAAAGAUACUUCGUAAGAACUAGGUAAACCUCAACCUACGAACAAAACUGCUCCCAUCCUUAGCGCCGCCGCUGCUGCACAAUUUCUACGAAGAGGACUUGGACGAAGACGACCCCGAGGCCGCUGCUCCCAUCCUUCUGCCUAAGCGCCUCUGCAGUCUCCUCCUGACGAUUUCGACCGCCGUAGCAGGCCGACGACUUGGACGAAGACGCGGCCGCUGCUCCCUCCGACUUCGACAAAUACUCUGCUGCCGCGGCUCCCUUCGGCUUCGACUCAGUCAGCUCUCUUCCAGGUUCUGAAGAGCUAUUGGAGAUAUGUUUGGUUAUUUGUACAAGCAGUGUGUCCAAAAGAAUAUGAAAAAUACAUAUGGAUUUUUUGACCCUCAUUCCAUCCAAGAAGUGGGAAAUAAACCUGAUGAAGUCCAAACAUACAUAUUGUCUUACCUCGGUGAAGACAAGGAGUGUUAUCUAUUCCCAUAUUACUAUCCCAAUCAUUGGCAGUUGUUUGUGCUAUGUCCUAGGCAGAAUUCAAUUGUCUUUUUGUGCUCCUUGGGAAAUAAGCCAAAGAAAAAUAUAAAGAGUCUUUUGGAUUUGUCUAUGCAAGCGCAUCAAAUGACUUAAAAUAAAAGGAACUCUAAACCAAAAUGGAUUCAACCAAUGUCUCGAAUGCAAAGGGGGGGCUAUGAAUGUGGGUAUUACGUGAUGAGACAUAUGGCUACUGUUAUUUCUGUUGGUGUUGCUAAUUCAUGGAUGGAGACAUUCAACAAUCAAGAUUCCUUCAGUGAAAAUGACAUUAAUGAGACACGAGAGCGUUGGGCGUCUUUUUUCUGUGAAGCUAUGAGCAUUUGAAGUCAUUUUUGAAGUUAUUAGACUAUCAUUUUGUUGAAGUCAUUUUUAAAGUUAUUAGACUAUCAUUUUGUUGAAGUCAGUAGUAGUAUAUGAUGAUACUAUUGAGUUAGUAAGUAGUAUGAUACUCUCAUUUUGUUGGAGUUUAUAGUCUGAUACUUGAAUGUUGUUGGAGUUGCUAUGAAUUUUGUUGAAGUUUAUGAUACUAUUGUUAAUCUGGAAUUUUGUUGCUGAUUUUGUUUCAAUU